AAGAACCACCUGCGACUCUUCAACGUAAGAAGAUUAAAACGGUCAAUUCUAAGGCGUGAUGCAGACAGCAACAGUUCUUCAUAAUGUUUUCCAAAGUAACAAACGUGUUUGCUUUCUCUUUGUGUAGAAAACUAGGUAAAUUCCAAUCAUUUAGGAAAUUUCAAAGUAUUGGACAGAUUUUUUUCAGAAACAUUGGGAAAUCAUGCAGGCAGUGGCAUUUGUAUUGCUUGCCAGCUCCAAUUGGGACAGUGUAUGCCUUCAGCUUUGGGAAAUCAAAAGAGAAGAAAGUUUCAGAUGAGGAAAAGCCAGAUGAAUUAAAAACUGUGAUAGAGACUGCUGACAAGUUAUAUCUAGAUUACAAAAUCCAGGAGUUGUAUGACUACCUCAUUGAAUUUAAAGACUGCGAAAGUGACGAGGUCAUGUGGCGACUGGCCCGAGCAGCUACUGACAAGGGCAAGGCCAGUAGUGACCAAAAGGUCAAGAAAUCCUGUAUGUAUGAGGCAUUUGAAUAUGCUAAGAAAGCACUGCAGCUGAAUGAUAAGAACUUUGCUUGUCAUAAGUGGUAUGCAGUAUUGUUAGAUUACACCGGGGAGUAUGAAGGCACAAAAGCCAGGAUUUCUAAUUCCUUCUCUGUUAAGAAACACUUCCUGAGAGCUGUUGAAUUAAAUCCUAAGGAUGCUACAUCUAUACAUUCCAUUGGUUAUUGGUGUUUUGUGUUUGCAGACUUGCCAUGGUACACACGUAAACUAGCGGCUGCUCUGUUUGCCACCCCUCCAACCUCGACUUACUCGGAGGCACUUUAUUACUUUCAGCUAGCAGAAGAGGUGGAUCCUGACUUCUAUAGCAUGAAUUUACUGAUGAUUGGUAAAACCCACCUAAGGAUGAAAAAUUAUAUAGCAGCAAAAACUUACCUAUUGAAAGCUCGAGAUUAUCCUGUUCUGACACCUGAUGAUGAAAAGGCACAUGAAGAAGCUAUUCAGUUGCUGAAGAGUAUAGGUUUGAAAGACAAAUAGGGCAGUAAAAAAGGGACCAAAAAAUACUCAGACUGAUGAACAUUUGAUAUUAUCAGUGUCAUUGGACAUUAUUUUACCAUUUGACAUUUCUUGAAGUGGCUUUUCUCUCCGUGCACUCUGUAUUGAUGUACAGUUUAACUUAAUUGUCUAUUAUGAAGGGCCUAUUGUUGUGAUAGUAUUGGAUCUUCUAGUUGUCUCCCAUAUAUAUUUCAUGAUGUGUGAGCUAUGAAAUGAAUCUUUAAUAAAAAAAAAAAAUAAU